GGCUCGAACAAAAGGUCAAGCCUGAGCCUCCUCUUAUACCAGAGACUGCGCUUUAUCCUGACUUCGCACGAAUUCGCCUCAUCCCAUUAAUACUCAUCCCCACCUCCUCUUCCCUCCCGAGCUUGAACUUAUUUCCACCCCACAAUCCAUGUACCAGUACCACAAAGAUGUCGCUGCGAACUACAAUCUCACUGGCUGGGUUCAUUUGCGGCAUAAUGUCACUGUCGCCCGCUGGUCCGGUAAUGCCACCCACGGCCAUUGGGAGCUCACCAUCCGAAGACCACGAACAAGCCUGCCUGUGACUGCGCAGGAGCCCGCCCGUUUUUGGUACUCGGUCCUGCUGGACCCGAAAUUCGAUCAUCUCAUCGUGGCCACUGGUCAAAACCGGUACCCUCUUGUGAACGACUUUCCCGGAGAGAUGACUGGCUAUCGAGCAGAAAGGCGACCCUCGAAUCCAUUCAUUAUUCCGAAGCCUCGAUUAAGAAACUUUGAUCGUGAUGCCAUUUACUUUGAAGAUGGAUCCUCUGUGACAGAUGUCGAUAGCGUUAUUCUUGCAACUGGAUAUCGUCAUAUUGUUCCCUUUCUGAGUGCGGGAGAUGCACUUGUCAUCGACCCGAAAGCAAAAUCACACAACACUUCACAUAUCCAUCCACCACCUCCUCUGCCACUGACGAGCAACGGGAAAUACAUGCGCCCUCUUUACAGGCACACGAUGAGUUUAACUAUUUUUGCUACUCGGGUUAUCGCCGAUCCAUCUCUCGUGGCCGACAGAAUUUCGCUCCUUCGGGAAUUGGAGGAGGACGAGGAACGUCUUCGACGGGCAGGAUACGAUCCCGAUAAACGGGCCCAUUCGCUCAUUGAUUUUACCGGACAAUGGCAAGAAGCGAACAUCUUCAUGGAUGGUAUCAUAGAUUUUCUCAAAGAGAAGAACGUCACUGGGCUACCGUUACUUGGAAGUGGUGGUCGGUACGUUGAGGAUUGGCGGAGAAGGACCGACGAUUUGCCUACACUUAUCCAGAUGUUUUUCACUUGGAGGGAACUUGAGAAACGUGGUGAAGCGGAAAAGAUGGUUGCUGGGAGGAGGACGGAGGAAGAUUGGAUUGAACUUCUUGAUUAUAUGGCGGCACAUCCGUUACCUCCUACCCCCGACGAGUCUGAUCUAAUCAUUUGAUCCUUGCAAAAAAAGUCUUCUUAGUACAGUAGAUACAAUAUUAGGGUUUUCAGUGCCUAGUCGCCCGAGAGCUAUUGUAAUUUUACCAUCAUAACAUUAUCGCACUCCCAUCUACUUUAGUAGAGGCUGGGAUCCUGCCUAG